AUGGCGCAGACGGUGGUAAAUGAGCUAGAGUACAUGGCUGCCGAGCUGAAUUACUACAAGGACAGGAAAAUAUUCAAGCCGCAGGAGCUUGAGUCCAUAGUCAAAAAAAGAAAAGAGUUUGAAGAAAUACUCUCAGUGCGCCCAAGACUAUCUGUGUUCCUCCUGUACAUUGAGUACGAGGUCAAGCUGCAGCGCAUAUACAACAAAAGAGUGAAAAAAGAAAAGCACAGAAAGGGGUAUAUACAGACAAGAAUAAACAGCAUCUACAGAAGAGCACAGUUCUCCUUUCCGCACGAGAAGGAGCUGUACAUCUCGCAUCUGGAGUACUUUAUCUCGAUAAAUGACGAGAUAAAAAUAAAAGAGCUAUCUCUGAGUCUGCCAAAAAAGCUCACAGGAGAGCCCAAGGCCUGGAUCCUGUCUGCGUCUUCUCUGAGGAGCAUAGGAGAAAUAGAGUCGUCAAGGAUACUGCUGCAAAGAUCUCUGAGAGUGCUGAAAAACAAAGAAGAAAUAAUCAAUGCAUUUAUAAAACUCGAGGAGGAAUACCCUGAGGCAGACUCUGAAAAGAUCAUAGAGAUAUUAAAAAGACAAACUAUUACAUCAUCAGCAGAGCAAUGA